AUGAAACCAGUCAGAAUGCUCUCCACCGUACAGCUGUAGAAAAUUUACAAGGGUCUUUGGCGACGUACCAAAUCUCCCUCAAACUCCUAACGCAGUAGAGGCACUGACGUGCUGCCUUCGUGAUUGCAUCAAUGUGUUGGGCCCACAAUAGAUCCUCAAAGUGUGUGAACAGGGUUACCAUGAGUCUGCAGUGGACAGCAGUGGCUGGCUUCCUGUAUGCAGAGGUGUUUGCUCUGCUUCUUAUGUGCAUUCCCUUCAUAUCAGCAAAGCAAUGGCAAAGGCUCUUCCGAUCCGGCCUCUUCACCCUCGCAGUGUCGUAUGGAAACAAAUUCUUCUUCUUCUUGAUUGCCUUGCUGAUCUUCCUGAUGUUUGAUGCCAUCCGUGAGGUUCAGAAGUACAGUGUCCCAGACAGGGUGGAUCUCAAGAACCUGCCCACUGCCGAGGACCACAUCCACAUGAAGCUGUUCCGUGCACAGAGGAACCUGUACAUCGCUGGCUUCGCUCUCCUCCUCUGGUUUGUCCUGAGGCGAUUGGUCACGCUGAUCUCCCAGCAGGCCACGCUCCUGGCCACCAAUGAGGCCUUCAAGAAGCAGGCGGAGAGCGCUACCGAGGCAGCCAAGAAGUACAUGGAGGAGAACGAGGGUCUGCAGAAGGCCCUGAAGGAGGCGGGGGUGGAGCUGGGGGCCGGAGGUGAAGCCCGUCAGCUGGAGCAGGAGAACCAGCAGCUCAAGGCCGACCUGGGCAACCUGAAGGAGGAGGUGGCUACUGUCCAGAGAGGCUGCACAAUUUGGGAGGGAGCAAUCUGA